UAUCAAGAAGAAGAAGAAUUCCAUCUGUUAACUAUUCUGACGCUGAACAAGUUCUUUUUAACGUCCGUGUGGCUCAUCUGGGUACUAAGUUUCCACCUGUGGUCUCUUGUUCGUGUUCCACCCGUGUUAGGGUGGUACCUAACCCUAGGUGGUGCAGUGGUAGCCCCCGUGGCUGUAAGAGAGCAAGAUGAGUCAGGACGUGAUUGUGGACGCUCUGCCGUAUAUAGACACCGGGUAUGAGGAGCCAGGAGUGAGGGAAGCGGCCAUUGCAAUGGUGGAAGACGAAAAGAAGCGCUACCGACCCACCAAGAACUAUUUGGAGCACCUUCCUUCACUUAAUUUAAAUGCCUUUGAGACGGAGGUGAUGCGUUGUGAGUUCGAGCGUGUUGCUGCUCGACAGCCAAUGGACACGCUGAGUAUGAAGCGCUACGAGUUACCACCACCACCCCCUGGAAAAAUGACAGACGUCGCUGCUUGGGGCGAGUGUGUUGACAAUUCUAUGGCACAACUUGAGCAUCAGGCGACCAGAAUUAUGAACCUGGAACUGAUGAACGAGUUUGGCUCGGAGGCUUGGAAGGCUCACAACAACGUGCUGCAGCACAUGUUGACCCGCUCUCAAGCACAGCUGCAGGAGUGCAAGAAAGAAAUCCAGGAACUUAACUGGUCAAGAAAGAGCAUGCAGACGAAGGCAGGGGAAGAGUUACGUCACCUUGAGAGUAGUUGGGUAUCGCUCGUCUCCCGGAAUUACGAGAUAGAACAAGCUUGUGUGCUCCUGGAAGCUGAAAUCGCCAAAUUUGAGCGCGAAAAAGAAAGUCAAGAGCAAGUGGCUCCCCGCCCAAUGAAAGUGGGAAACAGUGGUGGUGGACAUGUUCCCGAGGAUAAUGCUGAUGAUGAGGAUGACGAGGAUAUGGAUGAUGAUGAUGAUGAUGAUGAAAUUGACAAGCGGAAAUAGUGCAAGUCAAAUAUAGCUGGAAAAGAGGAAGGAAAGUGGCUAACAACACAAAGGUUUCAGUUGGGCACGAGGGAUAGAAAUAGUUACAAGCAGCAGAGGCGACACUUGCGGUGUGGGAGAAACAGUAAGAAACAUUACUGGUAUGCAAUGACGGGGGAAUGCAAAUGAGUGCAUCUUCUAAGACUGAGGCGUUGGUAAAAUAGUAGGGCCAUUUGAUGAGAAGAAUGUUGGGAGAGCGAUAAGACACUAAGCAGACCCGGCAAGGCCAUGACAACAUGGUGCACUGUUUAUCUGGACAGUGCACAUGAGGUGGCUUGAUUGGAACCAUAAAUUGUUGUAAAUGCUGUGGAAAUGUAUAGUAGUGCCAAUUUCCAGUGAUAAUACAGUGUGGAAUGUAUUAUGGAACUUCUUUUUUUUUUUUUUUAAGCAUACCAACUUAUUAAGGGACAUUAAAAAUGCGUUUGAAUGCUCUCAUUUAGAAUUAUUAUUUGUUCAUGGAAAUGUGACAUGCGUUUCAAUGAUAUCCUACAUUAAAAAUUUUGUCAUGUGUAGUGUAAUGUAUGAAAUAUUACAGCAGUCCUCAUAUGUGGUUCAAAAGCCGUUGCCCAUGUUUCCUUCUGAACAAGCUCUCUAUGAGACUGUUAGUUUGUAUUAAGUGCAUUUAGGGAACUUUAAUUCUGAGAGUUCUAUAAAUGGUAUGUUACAUAGAUAAUAAAAUAGAGCCAAG